AUGAGACGCACCGGGGCCCUCUUCGUCGAGCCGGGAUCCGUAAACAACGUGGCGAGUGGCUACAUCGGCGAAUGCGACAUUGAAGAAGAGGAUAUUUGUGGCGAUCUUCACCACCAGCCAACAAAUCCAGACGAAGAUGCACGCAGCGAUGCCUCCUGGGUGCAGCACGAGGCGCAUCCUCUUUGCUGUAUUUGCCCAACUCGGACAACGAACGACCCAAUUGACUCAGUCUGCGUUCCCUCUUUGAACAGCCGAAGGAAACCACUUCUCCUCGCAGAGACAAGUGCAGAAAAGGGCCGAUUCAAGGGAAAAAGAAAAGCCUCCAUGAGCGCUGUCGCUCAGACCCGUGCGAAAGCGGACAGCACCGUCGCCUGUUGUUGCUUCUUUGUCGCAGGAGAUGAAUCAUUCCUCUGGUCUGUGGCUCUGCCUGCCGCCGGCUGUUUGCUGCGGCUUAUAACGCUGCCAGUAGCCAUCGAUUCUGAGAGAGAUAGAAGGCAGCGGCAACUGAUAGACCCACAGUUCUCUCGUAUGAAAGAGAAGAUGAAGGAGGCAUAUAAAGCAGGGAAUACACAAGAAUACCAGCGGUUGAGGCUAGAAACGAAGCAGCUGCUGAAGAAACAUGGCGUUGGCGUGCUGCCUGCAUCGCUGCUGCAGAUGGUUCUCCUAGGCGUUGCUAUCUCUCUCGCUACACCCGCUAUCAGGUGCAUAUCCGGGGACGUAUGGCGUUUCAAGAGUUUCGCAGUGGAGCAGCCUGGUUGGCUAUCCAGUUUAUCUUUGCCGGAUACAACGGGCCUCACUGCGGGCCUCUGCUGGCUCGCGCUUGCCUCCACCAUGGCUGUGACCCUCAACAAGCCAGUAAGGUUGCAGAUGCAGCAGCAGCAGGAGCAGCAGCAACCAGCAGGCUGA